CGUCCCCUCAUUACUUGCAUAUUCUCAAUACUUGCAGCUACUUCUACUGUCCAUCAAAGCAGAACUGGAAAAUGUAAUGGAUCUGGUCCCAGCAUCAGAUAAUUUUGAGUAUUUUUUCCAGGUUAAAUGUAACAGCUGCAAUGAGGUUCACCCAAAGCUUGUAUCUGUAAAUCGUAAGGAAAAACGAGAGAUGUUGGGAGGGAAAGGUGCUACUGCUAAUUUUGUCUGGCGAUGUGGACUAUGUCUGUCGUCUGCUUCUGGUCCAUGGGACAAUUUUGACGCUUUGGCUUCCCAGGCAAACGGGAGAGCUCCGCGAAGUUCGAUUCGAGUUACCCGCCACAGCCUUACGGCGCAGAGAAUGGUCAAUUUGCUCCACUGCUAAAGAUCGAAUGCAGGGGCCUUGAAUUUAUAGGAUUCGAUCCUAGUGGUACUUGGAAGUGUUUUGGAAUGACAGGACAAGUAUUUCCUGAGGU